CUCCUCGGAAUAUCAAAACGUGAAGAUAUUCAAUAUUAAAUAAACAAGCAUCAUGUUUAUGCCAAAAGCUCAUAAGGUGGCAAUCUAUGAACAUCUCUUCAAAGAAGGUGUUCUUGUAGCCCAAAAGGAUUUCCACGCUCCAAGCCAUCCAGAACUUGAGACCGUACCAAAUCUUCAUGUCAUCAAAACUAUGCAAUCACUCAAGUCAAGAAAUCUUGUUAAGGAACAAUUUGCAUGGAGACAUUACUACUGGUACCUCACAAAUGAAGGAAUUGAAUAUCUUAGACAAUACCUUCACUUGCCACCAGAAAUCGUUCCAUCAACAUUGAAGCGUACAACACGCUCAGAUACAGCUCGCCCACGCGCUGCUCCACGUUCAGAAGGUCCAAGAUCAGGUGAAGAUCGUCAAGCAUACCGAAGAGCCCCAGGAACAUCAUCGGACAAGAAAGCUGAUGUUGGUGCUGGUGCAGGCGAUAUUGAAUUGCGCGGAGGAUUCGGUCGUGGCUCACGUCCACAAUAAGUUCAUGGAUAUGCACCUUAAAGUAUCUAUAAAAUUAUGUUAUAAUUACAUGAAUAAACCAUAGAAACAUCAAAAGAGGUUUUUAACAU